AUGAAGUUCACGACGUGGAUGAUGAUUAGCGUGGCCGUGGUGCUGGCCUUCUCGGCCCACCUGUGCCCCAUCUGCGAGUUUGGCUGCCAGGCCAUCGGCGGCUUACUGGCUCAGAACUUCACCACCACGGAGAUAGUGUUGGCUCUGGAGAUGAUCUGCGCGCUGGCUCCCGAGCCGCUGGCGACCACCUGCCACCAGUUCCUGUCCAACACCCUGCCCGUCCUCUUCCAGGCCAUCUCUAGCGGAAAGACCGCCGAGCAAGCCUGCGAACUCGUUGGCGCCUGCCCCUCCUCCUCGGCUGUCAUCAUCAACCUGCUCUCGAAAACUGCUCGCAUCAACAAUUGA